AUGAAGGAGAACAGGUCAUUGUGUCAGGUGGAGCAGCUGCCCUGUGCCUGUCUCCUGGACUCGGCCGCUGGCUGCCACUGGAAGACCCACGCACAUAACGGCACGGCUGCUCCGAUCAGACACAGAGCCAACGGUGCCGUGGGCGCCUUGUGCAACAGUCCCAACUGCUCGGUCGCCGCCAGGCUGGAGGGUCCCGAGCAGGACCGCCGGGGGCCGGGAAGGGUGCUGGUCACCGGAGGGUCCGGAUACUUUGGAUUCAGGCUGGGUCAAGCUCUGGCCCGUCAGGGGGUCUCCGUCAUACUGUUGGAUCUCCACAAGCCACCUUGGGACAUCCCGGAUGGAGCUGCCUUCUAUCAGAAUGAUAUUCGGGAUUUCGAUGCCUUGUAUAAGAUCUCUGCAGAAGUGGAUGUUAUAUUUCACACAGCUUCCUACGGAAUGUCUGGACCUGAACAGCUGAGGAAGAAGCAGGUUGAAUCAGUCAACGUUGGCGGCACAAACAACGUGAUAAAUGUGUGUACAGAGCAGGGUAUCUCUAGACUGAUCUACACCAGCACAGUGAACGUGACGUUUGCAGGCCGGCCCAUUGAGGACGGAGAUGAAGAUUCAGUUCCCUGCGUGCCACUGGACAUGCACAUAGAUCAUUACUCAAGAACCAAAUCUAUCGCUGACCGCAUGGUGCUCGCCGCAGACGGCAGAUCAAUAAAAGGCGGUGGCGUUCUUCACACGUGUGUUCUGCGUCCCUCUGGUAUCUACGGUCCCGAAGAGAGAAGACAUUUACACAGGGUGAUGGUAAACGUGGAGAGGAGGUUGUUUAGCUUUUGUUUUGGAAACCCUAAUGCCCAGAUGAACUGGGUGCAUGUGGAUAAUCUGGUGACGGCUCAUGUUUUAGCAGCAGAAGGGCUCACGGCAGAGAAAUCCUUUGUAGCGAGCGGACAGGCCUACUUCAUCAAUGACGGAGAGGCUGUCAAUGUCUUCGAAUGGUUGACACCUCUGUUUGAAAGACUGGGCUAUGGGCGACCACUGAUUCAUCUUCCUGUGUCUCUGGUUUACUCAGCAGCGAUCCUUAUGGAGAGGCUGCAUGUGGCUCUGAGUCCCAUUGUGGAAAUCCCAUUGCUGUUAACAAGAAAUGAGGUGAGAAACAUUGCGGUCAGUCACACCUUUAAAAUCGAGAAGGCACGGCGAGACCUGGGCUUCUGUCCUAAGAAGUACAGCCUGACCGACUCUGUGGAUCAGUACCUGCGGACCCGGCCCCCCCGUCCCACCUCGUCUCUUACUAACACACAAUACCUCCUCCGUCUGCUCCUGCUGCUUGUGUUGGGAUUCAUCGUCCUGAUGCUCUGCUCUGCUGUGUGGGAGUGACCUGCACCUCAAACCUCAUCAUGACAGCCUUCUUUAGCAGAUGCUGUGAUCUUACAGUACACGUAAUGCAGUCUUAAUUCUUCUGGAGAUAUCUGGGAUCACAGUGGUGAUGGUUUAUACUUUAACCCUUGCGGGUUUCAACCAGGGCUGGACGAUACGAUGAAUACUCACAGGAUAUUUGUGAUGGUUUUAGUGAUAAUAUAAAUUAAGGAACAUUGUGAACACUUUUAUUUGCUUAUUUAUUAUUUCUUAAACGUUGUGUCAUUACCAAACUCAUGAUCUUUUCUUGUUAAGCAACACAUACAGUAGGUCCGUGUUGAGUGCAUUAAGACAUGAGAGCUGUUUGAUUUAAACUUCAGUGUUAGAGUUUGUAAGUGCUGUCUAUUUCUGUGAAUUAGUUCAAAUAUCACAUACUGUUUCAAUGAAUUCAUUCAAAACUGAAUAUGUGUGACAUUUUUCAUAUAUGAAAUUGUUCAAACUAUAUG